AGCUUCCUUCAUCCUUCAGUCUCUUUCGUCACAACCAUUUUAUUACCUUUCUCUCUCUCUGAGAUCUUUUUUAAGGGCCGACCUAACUCCUACACUUUUUAUUUAUCAAUCUAACUGUAACUACUUCAUAUUUUUGCUGUAUCAAAUGUGUGUAUAAAGUGUGCGAAUUCAAGAGACUUAGACUAGAAAUAGAAAAAGUAAAAAAAGGAAAUGGAGAAUGGAGAAGUAGAGAACAAAGGAGUUUCCUCGUUGGAAACCGUCAACGGCGGCGAAGAUGUAUUUAGUUCUAAAGAAUCCGAUGCUUCCACCGCCGACCAUCUUGUUAUGAUGGUUCACGGUAUUCUCGGAAGUGCCUCGGACUGGAAGUUUGGUGCUGAGCAGUUUGUUCGGAAUCUUCCUGACAAAGUUUUUGUUCAUUGCAGUGAACGUAAUAUGGCUAAACUAACAUUGGAUGGUGUGGAUGUAAUGGGCGAGCGGUUGGCUGAGGAGGUUCUUGAAGUGAUCAAAAGAAAGCCAGGUUUGAAGAAAAUUUCUUUUGUUGCACAUUCUGUUGGAGGAGUAGUGGCAAGAUAUGCAAUUGGGAAAUUAUAUAGACCUCCAAGAAUGGAGAAUGUGGAGAAGUUCUCAGCCGAUGCCAGUGAAGAAGGGUCAAAGGGCACAAUAGCUGGCCUGGAACCAAUAAAUUUUGUCACUGUUGCAUCACCUCAUCUGGGUUCAAGGGGUAACAAGCAGGUGCCAUUUCUUUUUGGUGUAACUGCCUUUGAGAAAGCUGCCGGUCUUGUUGUUCAUUGGAUAUUCAAGAGAACUGGUCGACACCUUUUUCUUAAUGAAGAUGAAGGAAAGACUCCAUUACUGAGACGGAUGGUGGAAGAUGAUGGUGAAUUAUACUUUAUGUCUGCUUUGGCUUCAUUCAAGCGAAGGGUCGCAUAUUCAAAUGUUGGUUAUGAUCAUAUUGUAGGUUGGAGAACAUCAUCAAUUAGACGUAAUACUGAACUACCCAAGUGGGAGGACUCCUUAAAUGAAAAGUAUCCUCACAUUGUGUAUGAAGAACAUUGCAAGGCGUGCGAUAGUGAGCAGAGUGGAUCUGUUGUAAAGGAAGAUGAUUGUUUUGACAAGCUAGAAGAGGAAUUGGUGACUGGUUUGUCUCGGGUGUCUUGGGAGAAAGUAGAUGUCAGCUUUCACAGCAGCAGGCUCAGAUUUGCUGCACACAGUGUUAUUCAGGUGAAAGAUCAAUAUUGUGUAAUGCUCGCUGUAUUGCUUAUAGGUGAAAGAUCAAUACAUGCAUGCAGAAGGUGCUGAUGUUAUACAACAUAUGAUAGAUAAUUUUCUUCUAUAGAAGUCAAUCGAAAAAGCAUAUUGGAUUGCCGUGGACAAUGCUAAAUUUACAAGGUAUAUUAGCUGCUUCUACAGAGCCUUGUUUCCUUUUCUUUUGCUUUCAGAAGUACUAGAUGUUCUUCACAGGGGCCCUGGCAUAGUUUGUGUGAUUUGUUUUGGUUUUACUUGGUUGCAGUUCGGAAUUGUAGUAGUGUCUCACUAUUACCGCAUUCAGGAACUUUAACUGAGAAGCAUAGUCAGAAGUUUUGUUAACUCAACUGUGUCCUAGUGUACCCUAAACCUGUUUCAUUCUUAAUGAAAAAGCAUUAAUUUUCCAUGUUAAAAUAUUUUCCUACUUUUUUGCACUGGAGGUUGUAGGAUAUCAACCUCCAAACCAUUUUUCCUCUCUCCCGCUACUUUAUUGCACUAGGCAAUUGGGAAUACAAAGUUGCAUUAGGAUACAACUUUAGUUUUCUCUUGGAUAAUGAAGGAAUGCUGGGGAAUUUAUGCAUUCUUAUCUUCAUUUUGACCUUCAUGUUACUGCUCGUUAACCUCAUUGAUAAUAGUGUAAUCGAGGAGGACAAAGGGAGGCAUAGCCUUGGUGGAACUGAUCCUUGUCCGUCAACCAUGAGGUCAGAGGCCUGGUUGAAGUUGCCGUGGGAAGAGUAGGAGAAUUUAUAAUAUUAAAAGGAAGGUGUAAUCACGAGAACACCACAACUAUGCUUUAGUCGUGAACAUGUUGGGCUGACGGCAUGAAUCUUUACUGCUAUGUUCCUAUUAAAAUCCAUUUCCUGCUAUCGUGAAUUGGCUAGUUUAUGUUGGUUGUAAGCGUACUGUAACCUCCUCCUUUAUUCUGGUUUAGUACUGGCAAUUUGAGCAAGUGCACACUAGUAUUAUGUGACCACAUGAAUAAUAAAUAAAACUGUGUUUGAUUUCGCAAAAUAGGUA